UAGUAGGUUCUUGUGGGGCUAGGGGCGGUCGCAUGGUAGUGACGUCACUAGCAGGUUCUUGUGGUGCGUAAGGGUCUGGGUUGUUUUGGUGGUGGCAAGAUGGAUAUUCUGAAAGCGGAGAUAGCGCGGAAGAGGAAGCAACUGGAGGCGAAGGAGCUGCUUGGGGGGGAAAAAAAGUACUUUAAACGCAGCGAACUCGCAGAAAAAGAAAGGGAGGCAUAUUUUGAGCGAUGUGGCUACAAGACGCAGAUGGAAGGAGAGGAAGAGAAGCCUUCCUCAUCAAGUAAUCCUGUUUUGGAAUUAGAGCUGGCAGAAGAAAAAUUGCCUAUGACUCUCUCUAGGCAGGAGGUAAUCCGGAGGCUGAGAGAAAGGGCAGAGCCCAUCAGGCUUUUUGGAGAAACAGAUUAUGAAUCCUUUCAGCGGCUCCGAAAAAUAGAAAUUCUUGCGCCUGAAGUCAAUAAGGGUUUAAGAAAUGACCUGAAGGCUGCCCUGGAUAAGAUUGACCAGCAGUAUCUCAAUGAACUUGUAGCUGGCCAGGAAACAACAGAGGAGGAUACACAGAAUGACUUGAAAGUCCAUGAAGAGAACACCACAAUUGAAGAGCUUGAGGCUUUGGGGGAAUGCCUAGGACAAGGGAAUGACAACAAAGAUAUGGAUAUCAUUAACAAGGUUCUUAAGUUUCUAUUAGGAGUUUGGGCCAAAGAGCUCAACGCUAGGGAAGAUUAUGUGAAACGCAGUGUUCAUGGGAAACUUGCAAGUGCUACACAGAAGCAAACAGAAUCUUACUUGAAACCUUUAUUCCGAAAACUUAGAAAAAAGAACCUGCCUGCUGACAUCAAAGAAUCCAUUACAGAUAUCAUAAAAUUCAUGUUACAAAGGGAGUAUGUCAAGGCAAACGAUGCUUAUUUGCAGAUGGCUAUAGGCAAUGCUCCUUGGCCUAUUGGUGUCACCAUGGUUGGUAUCCAUGCUCGUACUGGUCGGGAGAAGAUUUUUUCCAAGCAUGUGGCCCAUGUACUGAAUGACGAAACUCAGCGGAAAUACAUUCAGGGCUUGAAGAGGUUAAUGACAGUUUGUCAGAAAUACUUUUCCACGGAUCCAUCCAAGUGUGUGGAGUACAAUGCAUUGUGACAAGGACCUAUUAUACUGUUCUCAUAUAGAUUUUUAUGCUGUUAGCAAUCCCAGCCAAAGUGUACAGAUACUCAUUAAAGCACACACUGGCGUUUCUGUUUUAUAGAAAUGUGUGUGUGCCAGAAUGCUAUAUUUAAUAAAGGAUGAUGGGAAUACA